ACUUAACCAUGAUCUCUAAAAGAGCACACCUUUAUAAGAGAGCUGUCAAAAAAAGAGUGCCAAGUGAUUUUAUACUUUAUAAAAAUCAAAAUAAACUAAAUCCUAAUCAAGCUAAAGAAGCAUAUAGAAAUUUAACUAAAGAUGUCCGUAUAGCUUUUGAAAGACAAGCGGAGAUGUUGCGACUUGAAGCUGAUUCAAAUUUUAUUGUCUUAGAUGAGACGUUUGUCUUAGAUAAGACGUUUUUUAAAGAUACAUCUGAACAAGUUGACGAUACAAAUGAAACUGUCUCAACUGUCUCAACUGUUAAUGAAGAUACAUCUAAACGAGUUGACGAUACAAAUGCAACUGUCUCAACUAUUAAUGGCUCGGAAACAAAAUUGUGUCCUCAUUUUAAUAACGUAACCAACAACUCAUCAUCACUCGAACAGCCAAUCUUUCAAACAUCUUGUGAAGAUUUAAUGAUUCAGAAUGAGAUUUCAUUCAUUUACGGUAAUGAAGAGAAUAUACUAAUUUAA